AUGGUGAGGUAUGCCUUCGUUACCUUCGCUGGAUUGGCCGCGGCGUUGCCGCUCAACAUUAAUCUCGGGGCCUACUCACCAGCACUAGUUGUCGGUGAUGGUGAAAUCAGCUUCGGAGGUAGGCAGGACGUGUCGAGUCUCAUCACCGCGCUCGAAGGCGCUGCGGUUAACGCAGCCGCAGGCGCAGCCAACGCCGCUGCGGGUGGCAACGCCAACACAGCGGCUGGGGGUACUGUGGUCGCCGCCGCCGCCGCGACCUCGGCUCCCACGCCUGUGCCCACCGCCGCGGAGAGCGCAGCCACAGAUCCGGUGCUUGCCGAGCAGGCCCAGCAAAUAGCCAGCCUCCAGGGACUGGGAAAGGCCAUCGCACCCCGUAUCGGGGACGGGAAGCUGGGCAAGCGAGACCUCGCUGGCUUCAACCGGGCUCUCACAUUCGCCGAGGCCGCCCUGACGAAGGGCCCCAAGGUGGAGCUCGGCACGGGCGCCGAGGGCUCCGGCGUCGGUAUCAUCGUCGACCACAACACCGUAGGAGGAGGCCAAGGCGACGGCGCCGGCGCGGCCGCGAAGCGCGACACCACCGCCGCCACCGCCCCCCGGCGCCGCGUUAAGGUGACCACCAUGUUUGUGCGCCGCGGCAUACCAGCCUCCCUACAAGCCCGCUCAGAAGACGUCCUCGCCGCCGCAGCAGCAGCCGCCACCGCCGUGACCGCCCGCGCGCCCGCACCAGCCGACGCCAGCGCCAACUCCAACUCCAACACCAGCCCGGCCGUCCCUGUGUCGGCGGCGGCCAGGCGCGCCGAGAGCGCGUUGCUCGACGCGGUCAACCUCAACGUGGACGGUGACGCGGGCGUUACCAUGACGUUUGUCGAGCCGGUUGAGGAGGAUGGGGAGGCGGAGGGGGAUCAAGGGGAAGGGGAGCGGCAGAGGGUGGUUGUGUGA